GGAAGGAGCCGUGGCGGCGAAGUGCGUCUCGCCCGGAGCGCAGGUCCGGCGGGCGGUGUGCGUGGGCCGUCGCGGAAGGAGAACCCCGGUGGGAUGAAGGGGUCCGAGAACCAUCGCGGGUGUCCCAAAAAGCUGCACGCUGUAGUUGGGCCUGAAAACGGAGAAUAACAAUGAGAAAACUCUGUUAUCUCAGCCUCUACCCGUAUAACUGGGAGCUAGGGCUUCUCUGCUGGCUACUGCUCAAGGGCAGGAUCAAAACGCGCUGGUGUUUACCUUCUUAAGUCUGCUGCUGUUUUGAUAGUGUUUAUGCUUUCAGUGCAGAGCAUGGAGAAUGAUGAACUUCCGCCAGAGGAUGGGCUGGAUUGGUGUGGGGCUGUACUUGUUAGCAAGUGCUGCGGCUUUUUAUUAUGUCUUUGAAAUCAAUGAGACUUACAACAAACUAGCACUGGAGCACAUUCAGCAACACCCCAAGGAACCACAGGAAGGAACCACAUGGACACACUCCUUAAAAGUACGACUGCUAUCCUUGCCAUUUUGGCUGUGGACGAUAAUAUUUUUAAUACCGUAUUUACAGAUGUUCUUGUUCCUCUAUUCCUGUACAAGAGCUGACCCCAAAACUGUGGGGUAUUGCAUCAUUCCUAUCUGCUUGGCUGUUAUUUGCAAUCGUCACCAAACAUUUGUGAAGGCCUCUAAUCAGAUCAGUAGAUUACAACUGAUUGACACUUAGCUCAACUUCUGGUUUCUGUUGCUGAUUUGAAGCAAUUGCAUAUGCUUGAUAUAAUCAUAAGACUGAAGUUCUGAGUGAAGGCCGGAAAGAGCCUUUUCUUUCAAACUGAUAAGCAAUGAAGAGAGUGACUGUUUUCUAUUUAAAACAAACAAGUAACUACAAAGGUUUUUAAAUAUGGAUCUGUGAAGUGGCCAGAGUGGGAAAGCCCUAUGUGACACAUGAUGGAAGUAUUCCUCAUUUUGCCUUAAUGAUGCAAAACUGUGACUCUCCAUCUGAAAUGUCCUGUGGGGGAAAAGGUUCCUGGUCCACAACUUUACUCCUCUGUGCAAAAAAGUGAUUUCCUAUGUUUUCCCUUGGAAAAUCAACGAAAAGAUACUUCUUUUGUGGUAAAUGUAAAAGGAAAAAAGAAAUUAAGAACAUGAUUAUAAAAGCUGCACUUAACACAAUUCUUUGCUUUUUCUUUUUUUUUUUAUUUUCUACAUCAGUGUUGUUUUUAAUGAUUUUUCUUAAAAAUAAGUUUAGAUAUAAAAACAGGAAGCAAAGAAUAAAGUUUGUGCAAACCUUUAAAGGGAAUUUUUUUUCCUGUGGUAGCCUGCUUGUUUUCAGUCCCACACUGUAGUAGGCAGGCAAUGAGGAGUAGCAGAGGCCUGGAGCUUGGUGCUUUAAACUGUUCCUAUGAAUCAAAAACAGCCUAUGCUGGCAUUGGCCUGUAGUCUGCACAAAGAUUCUUUUGUGUUUUUCUCCUAUCGUCUUGCUUGAUAAAAUUACAAGUUACUGAAAUUUAAUACCAUUCUAAUUUCACUCUAUACAUCAUGCAAAACCAUGUUCCAGGAGAACUGAUGUAUUAGGACAAACUGGUUGUAAGACAGAUCAUGUUUCUUCCAGAAAUUCAAAGAAGUAAGAUACCUUCUUCUCAUUCUUGUAAUGAAUGCAAAUUUCUUCAGUCAUACUGAAAUUCCACUGAGAUUUCUUUGCCAUAGUUUCAACUUCUGUUUUCCAGUGCUAUUUUGGAAUAGCAUAUUUUGAAUAAGACUGAAUCUGUUCUUCUUUCUGUCCAUUUUUGUUUCUUUUGAGAAUAACUAAAUUUUUGUCCCAGCCAUGACAGAAGUAACAAAUAUGAAAAGAGUGCAAAAUACACUUUUCAGAAGCAGUAGGCUCAAAAGAAUUAUGAGCUAAACUCCUUGACUGUAACUUGAGCUGUGUGAGAUUGUCCAUACCUAAUCAACACAAAUGCUAAUCCAUUUCUGACUGCUUUAAGGGAAUCCUGGACAGUGUUGUCUUUCUCUUGCUUUGGAAAGAGAACCCUAUUUUCAGUGUUGCUGUGUUUAAGCACGGCAGUUCCAACACCUUAAACUUUCUGUUUGCACUUGGAGAUACUUGGAGACACUGGUUUCAAUUGUCAGCGUUGGUGCUCGGACCUGAAAACAAUGUAGCCUUUGCAAGAAGGUUUUGAGUUCUAAGUGCAAUAUGAAAAGGAGGAAGCUGCCAUCUUAGUGUUCUGGAGUAAGUAAAUUAUAAACUCUGACAAGUAGUUAGUGUCUUGAGGAGUCAGAGCUUUUUAAGUUGUGUUCUUUCUCAACUUUUAAAAUCACCAUGCUAUUUAUCUAUAAAAUAAAACCUUUUCAAUGUUUAUAAACACAA